CUGCACUGCCAUCUGGUAUCAGAGACUAGCAGGAUGUUGACGUGUAUCUUCUGUUCAAAAUACCUUCUCUGAAAAAUGCAUAUUUUUGCCAAAUUUCUCGUGCUUUGCUCGCUCUCAGUUUUCCUGUUAGUUCACGCUAGAAUCUCCGACCAGCGGCUGUGCGUCGAUGAAAAUUGCUCAGUGCCUGUUUCGAUAGCACGGUCAGUGUUGUCUUACAACAGCGAUGACGCAAGGAUCCUCUCCUUCAAGCCUUCAGACAAGAUCGUCAUCUACAGCAAGUCAGCUGGCAAGAACACUGACCUUUGGGGUGCAGAGAUCGACGGAAAGCGUGGUUAUGUGCCAAAAAGCUUGAUUAGGGAACAAAAAAUCCUGAACAGCAAUCUUAAGUACACAGUUCCUACAGAACUGGGCCUGGAGCAGUUGGCCCAACAAGCAGAGAAAGCAUCAGCAGAUGAAAAUAAAGUUGACGAAGUCACCGAUAAGCCUUUUGCUCCCACACCUUUGCCGGACGCUAAUGAAGAAACAAAAGAAGAACCCAAUGUGAUAGUAGUGGAUGGGACCACAAUUUACAUGCCGGAAGAUGCCGAAAUUGGCAAAACCGUCACUCCUGUCGAACAGACUAGGCCCCCACCACCACCCCCUGACACUAUUCCACCAUCACCACAGAUGACAGCUACAGCAACCCCACCAACUGAAGAAGAACCAGCUGUAGAGCACGCAACACCAGAGCCUGAAACACCUCCUCUUGAAGAGGAAAAGGAAGACGACGAGCUUCUGAAUAAGGAUAAAACUGACGGAGUAAGUAUGGAAGCAGUUUCGGAGCCACCCGAGUUGGCGAAGGAUGAUUCCGUCAUGGAGUAUCUUAGUGACACAUUGACUGGAUGGUUAGAAUCUAGUGGGGAUGGAGGAAGUAAGGAAACAGUAGACACUGGGCAAGAAGAAGUGGUUGGGGAGAUGGAAGAAACUCAGGAGCAGGCAACUGAGACUGUGACCCCAGAGCCUCCGGAAGAUAAAACUGUGGAUCUUUCCGAGAUCAAUCUCCUCUCUGCAAAAGCUAGCAUUCAAGAGCAGACGCCAGAAAGUGACUUGGAGACUCAUCAAGAAGAAAUCCCUACAGCAAAACAGAUUCUUCCAGAGGAACCCCCAGUUCAGACAGUACCAGACCCUUACCAAGAAACAGUAGAUGCUCCGUCUUCAGAUGAAAUAAAUUAUCAGUAUUCCAGUUACCCUAGCAUCACUCAACCAGAGCAUGAUAUUCCCAUUCCAACGGAAAAUAUUCCAAUUGAGGAGGACGCAACUCAGUCAAUUGAUUCGGCUGAACAAUUAUCUUCAUCGGAAGUACCACUUUACAGCGAGGAAGUGACAACAGAAACUACCUUCAAUUCAAUCGAAGAAGUUACAUCUGAGGAGACAGCUUCUGUGGAAACAGAAAAUUUGAAGUUAGUAGAAGUUGUUAAGGAUGAAGAUAUAACUUUCAGUCCUUAUCAAAACUAUGAGACUGGUCAAGUCAUCGAGGACACAAUCACGGUGCCCUCAGCUCCCGUUGUAGAGGAAAAUGACCUCCCAGUUGUAGAAGAAACAACAGAUCCAUAUGUUGCACCAGCAGUAGAGGAAUCAACUACUGUCCUGCCUCAGGUCUUGGAAACAUCAGAGAGUGAGAAGACAGUUGAAGAAACUAUAGAAAAUCCAUCUGAUGAUGAGACUCAGGAAGAAGAAGUAGGAAUUUUUGCCGAUUGGGUUUACAAUUUGUUUGGAAGUUCAAGUAAAGAAGAGAAGAAAAUUGAUGCAACUCCUGAGGAGGUCAUCACAGAAAAAUUGCUGGCUGAAGAGGAACAGCCUGCUGAAGAAGGUCUAUCAACGGGAUCUUGGUUCUGGAGUUCUUCUGUUGCGCCAGAUGAGCCUGUGACUGAAGAGACAGAAAAAGCAUGCGACGCUGUCUCAUGCGGCAACAUUGGCGUCACUCCAACCCAGCAAGCAGAAGUACCAGCUGACUCUUAUACUCACUAUCCACAUCAGCAGCCCCAUUCAGAACAGCAAGUCUCGGCCAUGGACUGGGAUACAGUAGCAACCUCUGGCACCCUUCUAUAUUUGGUAAUCACUGCCAUCACUGUACUUUUGUUCACCCUCGGUCACUAUUAUAUUGAGAAAAUGAAACGAGAUGGAGCUUUAAUAUCAAAGAUCAACAAUCUGCAGAGGGAGCUAAUGGUUUCAACAAAAGAGUGCCUGAUUUUAAAAGAGGACCUUCAGAACACAAAUGAAAAGCUUUCUGGCAUUGAAACUACCACUACAGACUCAUCAGAAGCUAUACUUGAAAUAAGGGCUGAGCUCGUUGAAUCACAGAGAUUAUGCGAAGAACAAGAGGAGCAGAUUAAGUCUUUGGAAUCGGAACUCGAAGCAGCCACAGAGGCUGGCCUUGAACUAAAUAAAAUGCUUUCUGAAUUUCUAUCAACGCAGCGAGGAUCUCAAGAUCUCGUCAAAAGUGUUGAGCUUCUUCAGACUCAGCUCAACAAGCAGCAAGCAACCAUCAGCUCAAUGAACCAAGCUCUGAGUGCAAAGACCGAGGAGAACGAGAAAGUCAAAGCGGAGCUAGAUGCCUCGAAUGAAAAGAUUUAUGAACUGGAGGAGGAAAUUGCAAGCAUGACUGAUUCAUUAGAAAGAACUCAAGGAGAAAAGAAUGCAUUGAAGCAAGAAUUAGAGGAAGCUUGCAACACUCUUGCCAAUCAAUUGCAAGAGGCCACUAAUCUGCGAGAAGUAGAGGUAGAUGCUCUGAAGAAGAAAUUAGCAGGAAGCGAAGCUAGUUUGGCUGAAUCACAAAAUUCUUUGAAACAUAGAAAUUCUGAACUGGAAGUUCUCAGAGAAAGCAUUGGAAAGUUGGAAACAAUGAGUGAUGUAAACUCUGAUAAAGCAAAUAAAAAAUUGGAGGCCAUGUUGGAUGUAAGUAAAGCUCAGGCUGAACUGAAGCUGCUGAGGAGUGAGAGAGAUGUGCUGAAAGAGAGACUGCAGUGUGAGGAAGAUGCUAGACAGCUAUUGGAAGACCACGUCAGAGUAAUCAAAGCUGAAGUUGAAAAGCUGCACGAGCGUGGAGAAGCAGCCGAGAGAGAAAAGCAAGACGCCCUUACUCGUCUUGAGGUUCUCUCCGACUACUUCAAAGAAAAAGAAGCUCAGUUGCAAAAGGAACUUGGCUUCCAAGAAGCGAUCUGUGUCAGGAAAAAUGAAGACGCAAGCUCAACGCAGACCAGAAUCAAGUCAUUGGAGGAAGAAAUCGAAAACUAUAAUUGCAAUGAUAUGCGCAUCCAGAGACAGAACAGUAUAGACUUUCCCAACAUAAAAAACAUCACUAACAACAAGUUCAGCAAGCAGUGGCCUCCUCGCCCAGCAACGCCUGUCAAAAUUGUCCAUCAUUCACCUGUUAAAAUUACUGGAACUCAAAAUGAGACGUUAAAACAUGAAAUUAUUGACCAAGAGAGAAGCCUUAAAGGUCAAAUCAGUACGCUGGAGAAAAAAGCACAUGAAAAUUGGAUCGCUGCAAGACAAGCAGAAAGAAAAUUAGACGAAACUAAGCAAGAAUCGAGUACACUAAGAAAUAGACUUACCAUGCUAGAGAAAGGCACUUCUCUAGUACAAAAUGGUGAGGAUGGAAAGGGUGCUCCGUUAAGAUCGAUGGAGAGCAAUGGGGGUGAGUUACCAACCUCGCCAGGCCUUCACAUCGGUGACUCGCCAACCCCGCACUACAUGUUGCCUCCACCUCCGCCACUGAGUGCCUUCAUGCCUCCUCCCCCGCCCCCGGAGUACAUGCAGUCACCACCUCCACCUUUGCCUCUUUACCCUGACCGGCGGCCGCCUCCUCUUGGGCGAAUGAGCUCACCACCUCCUCACCACUUCUCGCCUCCACCUCCGGACCGCUACAAUAGCUCGCCCUAUCGCCCACGCUCCCCUGCUUCUGACCGCUCGCUGCCUCGCUAUCGGUACGGAAGUAGAUCGCCAUCGCCACCCCCGUAUGGGGGCGGCAAUCACGACUAUCCGCCCUAUCAUUCUGCAGGCAGACCUUGGGAGGAGUCUCGAGCUGGUUUCAGGCCCGUGCCCAGGGACAAGGAACUCAAAGUAGAUGAUGAUAAAUCCAAAUGAUUGCUAUGGCCCUAAUUGGCCCUUACCUGCUCCUUAUCCUUAUUUUUUGUGGCCUUUUUAGGUUCUACUGUGAGUUCUGGUCAUUCGUCCUCUGACUCUGUUGGUAAAUCUAGCAGUCAUCGUAGUGGCAAGAGAGGAAAAUAAUAUGAACCCUUCAUUUAUGCUACUACAGUUGUUCCUGUGAUCCCAUUUAGUUUCCAUUGCACUCGGUCCAGCAGUAAUUUGUCCAUAUCAUUUCAAAGUCAAGAAUUCAUAAGUUUUUAUCUAUAUUUUAUAAAUAAUUUUCUUACCGCAAACAAUUAUUUUUCUUCCAAAUAAUCGAACGAGAGAGUGCAAUUAAUGUUCGCAGAACUGUUUGAUUGGAAAGAAACCCACAAAUAAUACACUUUUGCACCAUAAAUUUUGUGCUGCAACUUUUGUA